AUGAAUCCUUCACAACAACAACAACCUACAAAUUCUAAUAAUAAUAAUCAAUCACAAACACCUGUUAAUCAUCAAUAUGACGACUACGAAGAUGAUGUAUCCUUGCACCAAACUUAUCCUCCUAAUUCUAAUGAUCAAUCAUCGAAUAUAAACAAUAAUGAAUACUAUGAUCCUACUCAACAACAACAAUAUCAUGAGGAUUAUAGUGGAUAUAAUUUGAAUCCCGAAGACUAUUUCGACGAUUACGAAUCAGAUCCAGAUGAUGGUGAAACUCAAGUUGAUCCAAUAGAGAAUAUGCUAAGAGAUGCAAGACCAGAUGAUCAUAAUGGAGAUGUAGCUGUCUUCUCUGAUGCUGUUCAAAAUGCAUUUGAAAAUUAUGAAAAAGAAAAUGCAAAACAUUGGCAUCAUAAUGAUUCGCAAGAUGAAAUGUUUGAACAAAUGCGUGAAUGUAUGCUUUUUAUGUCACAAGAAUAUAGUACUGCUGAAAUGCCAAAUAAUCUAGUUGAACUAACACAAGAAAGUACAUUAAAUCCAGAUGCGACAGAAUUCCGCCCAUCAUGGUUGUCAUCACCGGCACAAGUAACAACAACAACAACAAACGAUACAGACUUUUUAGUAACGUCAUGGGCACCCUAUUUUUAUAUUCGUCAUACGAUCAUGUCGUCUAUAGGUGUUACAAAACCGAUGCGUAAAACUUCUUGUGAUAAAUUUGUUUCAUCUAAUGCAAGUAAUAUAUCACUAGAUGGAAGUGAUACAUUCAUUCGUGCCAAUGAUAUUAAUCUAAAUAGUAAUUCUUAUGCUAAUACACCUUCUCCAUCAUCAAUUACAACAAUAAGUUCAAUCGAUCGAUCAUUUAAAUAUCGAUCAUCACGUUUAAAAAAUGAUUAUCGUUCACAUAUGUUCUCAAAGCGUCGUUAUAAACAUGAUAGAUUAUUUUAUCAUACACAUGCACUUAAUCGACAAUAUGUAGUAGCAAUGACGAAUAUACUUUAUCAGAUGCAAAAAGAAAUUGUUAAAUUAAAACGACGUACAAAUAGUAUUGAACAAAUGCUUAGUAAACAAACACGAGUAGUACAUCCAAUUAUUCGGUUACCACGUUUAACACGUGAUGAUAUUUCGACAAUAUGCACCGACGAUACUGAAAAUCAACCAUCGGUUAGUUCGGAUGUUUUUCAAAACAAUGAAAAUGUACAUACAUCAGAAAUGACAACACCAGAUAACAAUCAUAAGGAUGAUAGUGAGGGCUCUAUACUAUUGAAUACAGAAUCUUCACCAAACAAUCUUGAAAUAAAUAAACAUUCUAAUCAAAAAAAUAAACAUUGUUUUGAAUGUCGGCAUGAAUUUUCAAAUCGAUCAGGUUAUUUACGGCAUAUUAAAAAUGUACAUAAAGGAAUAUUUCCAACAGCAUCGGAAAAUGACACACCAUUAGAAAAUGAUAAUCAUCAAACUAAACCAACUGUUCGUUCAUCGAUUGAUUAUUUGGAAGUUGAUCAUAGAAUAGAAAGUGAUUCAUUGAAUUAUUUAGUUAAUCAAUGGGAUAUUGGAGAAGGUCGUUUACGACCAAGAUCAGUAACAAAACCAGUUAUUAUUACUGAGUCAGUACGAAAAUUAAAAUGUGAUAUUUGUAACAAAUUCUUUCGUGCUGAUUAUCUUAUGAAACAUAUGAGACGUACUCAUCAUAUAUCAGACCCACCUUUAUCAAAUGACUUAUCUGAUCAACAUCAAUCCAAUAUUGAUAAACCUAUUGAUGAAAUUCAAUCAACAUCUAAUGAAUCAUUUGGAAAUAAUAUAGAUCCUCCAUCGACAAUCACAGUUACUGAAAUGGAUUUUGAAGAUAUACAAAUUGAUUUAGAUACAACUUUAGAUAAAUCAAUUGUUAUUACUACAACACUUCUUGAACAAUAUCAAUCAAAAAUGGUUGAAGAAUUUUUAGAAAAAUUUUCAUAUGAAGUUGGUCAAACAAGUACAGUUAAUUCUGGAACAACACAUUUAAUAGUAAAUGAUGAGAAAACUCCGUCACGUUCUCCAUUAUCAAUAAAAUUAAUCGAAGGUGUUGCUAAUCAUUGUUUUUGUGUUUCUUAUAAUUGGAUUAUUGCCUGUCUUCAAUAUGAUCGAAUUGUAGAUGCAACUCGUUAUGAAAUUGAAGGUGAUGAUAUGGAUUUAAACGUUUUUGGUGGUCCAAAACGUUCUCGUUUAGCUGAAAGACGUCAUGCACUUUUUGAAAAUAUAUGUUUUAUGAUAAAAUGUGCAGAAAAUAAAGAUGCACAAUUAAGCAAUGAUCGUUUACAAGAUUUAAUAACAACAUGUGGUGGACAAAUUAUAACUUGUGUUACACAAAAAUUACUUCAAGAUCAUACAAUUGUUGUUCUCUGUGAUAAACUAUAUGUAUCUGAACGACGUGCUAACUAUAAUCACUGUCGUUUCUUAGGUAUAAAUUUUAUUUCAUCGAAUUGGGUUCUUGAAUCAAUUAUUGAAUAUCGACAAAAACCUUUUUUAUCGUACGAAGAAACGCCAAUAUAA